AUGGCGGAAGUUCUAGGGGUCGUCCUCAAGAAGCUCUGGGAUCAAGUACAUGACACACCCAGUGAAAUCGGUCAGCUCGUUGCACAGGUUGAACUGCUCAACGCCGUUCUUGCGGAGGCGGAUGCCAUGUCCGACCAGGUCUACAGUACCAAUAAUAACCCAUCUGUCAUCAGUCUCAAUUAUUGCCAGCAUGCAGUAAAUCACCUGGAAACCUUGGUGACGGACUUACAGCAGCAAAUGACGAUGGCAAAUAAGCCGAGAAGAAGCAUAGCGAGACUGAAGUUUACUCUGAAGAAAGACUUGAUCCAGAACUGUCAGAAUAAGCUGCAAGUAGCGCUACAAAUGGUAGUCCUAUCCCAGAACACUCGCAUCCUCCCGCACUCCAUACUCUCUGGUGUUCAGGGUAGGUAUUUCUUUUGCCCAAUCUACCGGGCACGCGUAAGACCACCGAUGUGGAUGUCGGAAAGGAUAUGGGAUAUCCAAACGUAUCGAGCGUGUGCGGGAUGGAAGUUCUCUUUAAGAACUUGGACUGUCCGCCCCUUUAGUGCUCCUGUAUUUGGCUAUGUCAAAUCGGGGUCGUGGUCUCAAGUACUACAAGAAUUUGAGGGGAACCGGGCGUCUGUGUUUGACCGUGACUCUGAGGGGUGGUCUUUAGUACAUGUAUGUGGGCCCCACAUGCGACGAACCGCGCUUUAA